AUGCUUUCCAUUUUAAUCCAGAACACUCUAGCCAUUACUGGUUUAUUGGGCUAUAAUAAAAUAACGAUAAAUGGCUAUACAGUAGUGUCCCUACCAAAUGGUUUACAACAAGCAUCUGUUUUUGUUUGUCCUAAUGAAAAGUUAUUAGCCUAUCCUUUUGGAGAUAAUAAAUGGUUUUCAAAUGAUGUUCAAAAUAAAAUUUUUUUCGAAGGUAGAUUAGAUGAAAAUAAUGAAGUAGAAUUUUGGAUAUUUGAUUAUGAAGUUGAUGGAAUCUAUUACAAUGCAAUAGGAACAGAACUCGACAAAGAUCUCGGAGGUGUCUCUUAUGAUUUUGUCUUCAUUAGCUCAAUUCCAAUCAAUUACCAAAUUAAGCCAGAACAUCUUAAGAUAAAACUAAAUGGAUCCGAGAAAAAUGAUUUGUCAUUAAUUACAUCGACAUUUAUGCAUUUAGAAAUUUCAAAAUAUGGAUCUUCAUUCAGCAAUGGAUAUUUUAAAGUAACAACUACAGUCAAUAUAAAAGAAUAUCCCAAGAAUUUUUAUCAAUGGUCUAAAGCAAGCAAUUAUGAUAUGGAUUUCAGUGAUGAUCUCAUAUAUGCCGGAGCUUUAGAAUAUGGAAAAACCAUUGGUGUUGUUUCUCAUACAAAUUUUUCUAUUCUAGUACCAGCAAAUUCGUCAUCACAAAACUAUGUAUGCUUAGUAACUGAAUAUGAUAAGUUAUAUUAUGAAGAUGGAACUCGGGCUGAAAAAUUGAUUAAACUGCAAGCUAGACAAUUUUCAAAAAGAAUUAAUUUCUAUACAAAAGGAUUAAUAUAUGCUGAAUUGAAAUUCAUUUACUAUGAUUUUAAUUUAGGAGAGUCUUCGAACGUAUAUUCUGAUGUAUGUAUCGACCACUUUGGAUAUGUAUUAAAAAAUGGAAAACGUGGCCGUGAAUAUUAUAAUUUAUACAUUGUAGGUUCUUAUCCGUUUGAUAUGGAUUAUUCAGUACGUAUUUCUGGAGAAUUAAAACGGUUUGCAAUCAGAAACCAAUACGUUCAUAGGCUGAAUUAUGAAUUCCUUUACAUAAAUUCAUUACUUUCAACCCAGCCAACAUCAUUAUCUCCAAAUUCAUAUAGAUACAAAAGUGUUGAUACUCAAGUCUGGGAGAGAAAAUCAGAGCUAAAAUAUGGAAUACGCAUCGAAGAUUCAAUUGGUGAAGUCCAAAUUCCUGCAGAAGGAGCUGCGCUUGUUUUUAAUAUAACAGGAUAUAGUCAUUACCUUGCCAUUAUUAAUCCCACAGAAUUUAAGAAUAAUCCACGGGAUUUUUAUUAUGAUCGAUAUACUUUUAUUACUAAUGUAUUCACUCCAUAUGGUGGCAGGACGAAAAUAAUGAAAUACGUUCUUGUGCAAGAUUCAUUAGAUGAUGUAACCCGUGUUCAUUACACAGUUAUAAUGAAUAAUAUCGGUGGCUAUUAUGAAUUAUCUUUUUAUAAUUCCAACCGUUAUAUAUUAGCAUCUAAUAUUCCAAUGGAUAUAUUAAUAACUGCAUCUCAAGAGGAAAGUUUAUUUAUAAACAAUGUCAGGUCGGAGUUUGGAAAAAGGUUUUUCAUAUCAAAUCAAAAUGUAUGUAAAAUAUAUUCAUACUACAAUAUCGAUCGUGGAAUCAAAAUUAUGAUAACAAGACAUAAUAUAUCAGAUAUUGUACCAUCGGUUGAUACACAAUUUAUCUAUAAUAGGUAUAGUAACAUGGGAGAUUUGGUUAGCGAUGGUGUUAAAUAUAUAAUGGAAGUUGAUUAUUAUUCCGAGUUGACAUUUAAUGAAAAAAUCCAUUUGCUCUUUAAGAAACGCCUUCAGGUCAUCAAUCUAGAAUAUCUCGAUGGCAGCAAUCAAAAUUUGGAUAUUUAUGAAAAUAUUACAGAAUUAACAAUAGAUCCUCAGUCUGCAAAUGCUAAAAUACAGGUAUAUGAUAGUGAUGGCUUUAUUGGUAACUAUGGAAUUAUUUCAGUUCCUCAAACUAAUUCAUCAUAUAUAAUUGCACCACCAGCAAAUGAGUCAUGCUAUUUUACAAUGCUUAGCAAGGUUUCAGAUGAUAUUUCUCCAAUAACAUAUGGUAAAUAUUAUUUACUAAACAAUACUGAUGAAGUUAAAGUUGCACUUUUGAAGAUUGCAGAAUCUGAUUCGUUAGAUGUUGUUAUCCACGGGUAUGAAUAUAGAUAUUAUUUGGAUAGGUCUAAAUUAGAAGCAUCAAAACAAUAUGCAGUCGUUUAUCUAUCCGUUCCAGAAACAAAUUUGCAUAUUAGAGGAAAAGAAUAUAUGAAAUAUUCAAUUGAUUUUGAUUCCCAAGAGAUCAAAGAAGCCAAUAAAGAUUCUAAGUUCGAAAAUCUGAAUUUCAUGGCAAUGUAUUUCAGAUUUGACGAAAAUUAUCAAGACAAAUAUGGAAUCGAAAAUGCUAUUGAUGUUAAUCAGAAGUACACAGAUUCAUAUAUUUCAGGAAACUUCAAGUUUGGCGAAAAUAGUUUUAUCAUUAAAGAAAAAGUCCCUGAACCAACAAAGGCACCAGAUCCAACAAAGGCACUAGAUCCAACAAAGACACCGGAUCCAACAAAGACACCGGAUCCAACAAAGGCACCGGAUCCAAAACCUUCAACAGAUCUGAAUCCAGGAAAGUAUCUUUUAACAUUAUCGAAGGAUGGUCAAACUUAUGUGGUUUCUAAAAACCUUAACAUUGUCUUCAAUCCAGAAGACAACAAUGAUAUCGAGGCAGUUGCAAAGAUUGGUUCAUCAAAGUAUGAUGUUAUCAGCAAUAAUGUUUACUCAAUUGAUUUUUAUGAAAAAGGAACACUCGAAAUCUCAGGAUCAGGAACAGUUAAAGUUUUUGUUUUCAAUCAAGAAUCAAUUCCACAGGCAGAAGAUAAAAUAUCACUUGUUGGAACUGUUGAACUCAGCAUCGGAAAUAAGAAAUCUAAGGAUGUUAAAUACGUAUUGAAGGAAAACCAAACAAUCAUGAUCUUUGCAGCUCAAUUCUCUUCAAAAGCGUUGACAAAAUUCCAUAGUACAAACAGUAAGAUCAUCAUUAUAGUUUAUAGUAUUGAUGGAACAAAACUCAGUAAUACAAGAAGAGUUUCCAGUGAUGAUCAAUAUGAUGGUCCAGUUAUUAUCUACAUCCAUAACACUGCCAGUGAUGAUGAAGAAGCUAAAGUAACAAUCCAAAACGAAUCCCCAGAGAAAGAGAGAUCAUUCAUUGUUCACAAUGAAAUUGGUGAAUAUAAGAGUAUUUCAAAAGAAUCGAAACCGAAUAAUUCUAGUAAAGCUGCUGGAAUUGUAAUCGGUGUUAUUCUUUUGCUUGCUGUCAUUGCGGCUGCUGCAUACUUCGCAUAUUGGUAUUUAUAUAAAUCAGGUGAAUACGAGUGGAGCGAAGGAACUGCUCAAGAUAACGUUGAAAACGAAGAAACAAAACAAGAUAUUGAUAAUGAAAAAACAACCGAAUUUGACUCAGUACUCAAAGAUUAUCAGCAACAAACUGAUGGAGCAGAAGAAGAAGACUUUUUAACAAAUUAUGAGGUAUAA